UAAAAAUAAAAAAUUGGAUAAAUAGUAUAUUUGGUCCAAACAAACACACCCUAAUUAAUUAACUAAUUGAUUGAUGCGUGCAAUCUCCGCCACCAUCCCCAACCCCAACCCCAAUCGGAAUCGGAUCCGGAUCCAUCCCCUUCUCCUCUCCGACCACCACCUGUGUAAAUUAAAUAGGAGAAUGUCGGCGACGGGCAUCCACAUCACGGCCCUCGACGGGAUCGUCAACGUCAACUCCCUCUUCACCCUCGCCGUCUUCAUCGGCCUCGCCUGGAACCCCACCGACCCCAACAACAGCCUCAUCGACCCGGCCCAGCACCAGACCGCCUGCCUUCCCGGCCCGGGCGUCGCUGAGAAUCUCGUCGCCUUCCACGUCUACUCCUUCAGCUGCUUUUUGUUCUCCAGCCUCAUCGCCAUGGGCCUCAAGCAGGCCAUCCGCCUCGCCCGCCGGAAUGGCGCCGCCGCCGACCGCCGGGUGGUGUGGAACAACUUCGAUCUAGCCCACGUGAACCGGACCUUCCUCCGGGUCAGCUACAUGGUGUCGGCGGCCGGUUCUGUGUGCGGGUCGGUGUUCUUGAUGCUGGCGUUGGUGAAUGUGGUGCAGAUCAAGCUGGGGAUGCUGGGCUGCGGCGGCGGCCAUGGCUACGCCGCCGUGGUGCCGCUGGUGAUUCUGGUCCCGUCUGGGCUGCUCAUCUAUGUGUGUACUGUUGUCUAUGCUUUCACUCGUUGACUUGAGAUUGGAACUUAGAAGAUGAUCGAUUUUCUAUCGUCUUAUACUAGUAAUUAAUGGAAAAAUCCGUUUGUACUUCUAAUAUAGAUUUACCGAUGUACUUAGGGUGAACAUUCGGAUUUUCGGUUCGAAUUUUACAAAAAUCAAUCUGAACCGAACCGAACCGAAAUCACUAAAAAAAAUAGUAUAUUUGUAACGGAAUUUCGUCCCUAAAGAUCACAUAGCUAAUGUAAUUUCAUCAUUAAUUUCAUCUCUAAUAU